UGAUGAUGAUUAUGACCCAGCAGACAAUGAAAGUAUAAGUCAUGCUACUGAAAGAUCAGAGAGUAUUACAACGGAUAGCAUUGCAAAUGAAACAGAUUUCGAUGUAGAAAUACAACCUUUUCUUUUCGACAAAGCUGAAUUUGAAAAGGCACGAACUUUAGUAGAGACGUAUGAAAAUGAUGAUAUACACUUUUUAAAUGACAUUAAUACGGAAGUAGAUAAUGACAACACUUUAACAUCAUCAAUAUUUGAGCUGGAAUCUGAAUCAAGUGAUGGAAGCGAUUAUCUUGUUGAGAAUAUCUUAAAUACCAAUCAAAAACUAUCAGCUUGUCCAAUUCUGGAUUUGAUCGAUGGCCGUAUUCAAUGCUGUUCAAGUAAUUCGUCAAAACAGAGACCACUUACCCAACUUAUUGGAACUUGGGAACUUGAUACAGAAGCUUUUCAGCAAGCCGAAAAAGAAAAUAGAUUAUCAAUGAUAGGUGUUUGCCCUGUUUUUAAUGAAUCAGAAAGCAUCUCAAAUACAAAAACUGAAUAUCGACCUCGAUAUAUUUGUUCAACAUGUUUUAUUGCACAUGGUGGGCAUUUUUUCGAAAGAUCAGGUCGUGGAAACAAAUCAAAUUUUGAGUGUAUAAAUAGACAUAAGAAUGAUGUGAACGAAGCACUUAAAGUUUUGGGACAAUGGAUUAUACACAUGACUGAAUCUAAUAAUGAAAAUAAGGUCGAUUUAUUAAAAUCUCUGACUUCUAUUUUACCAAUAUUUUGUGAUAUCAAGUCUACCUCAAUAAUGAUAGAUCCUCCAAGCCUUCUUUUCGUUAAGAUAGCAUUAAGACUGGGACAUUUUCAAGUGACAAAAAUUUCAGAACAACAGUAUAACAUCACAGCUGAUACGGCUAUAAAAUUAGGACAAGCAUUAGGAGUUGCAACAUGGCGAUCAAGACAUGAUGUACGAAUAAAAAAAGAACAGCUUGCAAAUCCAACCUCAUUUGCGGAGUAUCAAAGUGGUUUUCCUUCAUCACGACUUAAUGCAAUUUUGCGUCAAGAUAUAUAUAAAAUCGAUAUUCGUAAUACAAAAGGCCGUCGCGCACGUAAUAUAGUUGUGCACAAACUACAAAUUCCAUUAUUAGAACAUCGAAAUAAAACUAAAGAAGGACAAAAACGUGAAUAUAUAGAUCAAAGUAAAAAUACCAACAUUAAUUCUGAGCAAAAAAAUGGCUCAAAACGGCAACGACGACUUACAACUGACAAUGAAAAAAGAAUAAUUGAACAAAUUCUUGUUUAUGAUACCUUUCCCGAAGACAUGGUAAUUGAAGUUUUACGGCAACUUCAAGAUUAUAGUAAUGAUUGGAAUGAGCAACGUAUUAGAAUAUAUUGGAAUAAUCAUCAUG